UAUAUAUAUAUAUAAUGCAGAGUAUGAGAAAACCAAAGCUGUUCUGGGUUUCAGCUGGAGCCCCUCUUGUGUCUGUGAUCCUCUCAACCCUUCUAGUCUUUGCAUUCAAGGCUGAUCAUCAUGGCAUCAGCGUGAUUGGAAAACUACAAGAAGGAUUGAACCCACCUUCAUGGCAUAUGUUGCAUUUUCAUGGUAUCCACCUAGGACUGGUAAUGAAGACAGGGCUGGUCACUGGCAUCCUAUCCCUCACAGAAGGCAUUGCUGUGGGAAGGACUUUUGCUGCUCUAAAGGACUACCGAGUAGAUGGAAACAAGGAAAUGAUAGCUAUUGGGUUAAUGAAUAUGGUUGGCUCCUCCACUUCUUGCUACGUUACUACAGGUGCUUUCUCGAGGUCAGCUGUCAAUCACAAUGCAGGAGCAAAAACAGCAGCUUCUAACAUAGUAAUGUCUGUGACAGUCAUGGUGACACUCCUCUUCCUCAUGCCUCUCUUCCAAUACACACCUAAUGUUGUAUUGGGUGCAAUCAUAGUCUCGGCAGUGGUUGGCCUCAUCGAUAUCCCGUCUGCAUAUCACAUUUGGAAGAUCGAUAAGUUCGAUUUUCUCGUCACUUUAUGUGCAUUCUUGGGUGUUAUUUUCAUCUCAGUCCAAGAAGGCCUCGCCAUUGCGGUUGGAAUAUCUGUUUUCAAGAUCCUCCUGCAAAUUACAAGGCCAAAAACAUUGAUGUUGGGGAAAAUACCUGGGACGGAUAUAUACCGAAAUCUUCAUCAUUACAGGGAAGCUACGACAGUCCCUGGUUUCCUCAUUCUAAGCGUUGAAUCUCCCAUCAAUUUUGCUAACAUCACGUACCUUAAUGAAAGGAUUUUGAGAUGGAUAGAAGAAUAUGAAGCGGAAGAAGAUAUUAAAAAACAAUCAACCUUCCAAUAUGUGAUUUUGGAUUUGUCAGCUGUGAGUUCCAUAGACACAAGUGGAAUCGUUCUAUUCAAGGAUUUGAGGAAAGCAAUGGAAAAGAAAGGUGUUGAGCUUAUCUUGGUGAAUCCUCUGGGGGAGGUUAUGGACAAACUGCAGAAGGCAGACGAAGCUCGGGAUCUCAUGAGACCGGAUAACCUUUACUUGACAAUUGGAGAAGCCGUAUCUUCACUUUCAUUAACAAUAUUGAAGGGUCAGUCUUCAACCAUGUGUGGUGAAGGGACAUAAACAAUUACUAGUAUAUAUUGCUCAUUAUCAAUUGCAUGCUGCAUGCUGCAUGUAAAUGCAGAAGAUCAAUAAGAUCAUUAAUGAAUAUUAAUGGGUGUAAAGCAAAGUUUAAUUCUAAUUUCUACAUAUCCUUCCAACUUAACUAAAAAAGCUUGUAAAUUUUACUUGAGAAAGUUCAAUUCCAAUAUUGUCUAAGAAGCUAGCUUGUAGCUCCAAAAAGAAUCAGAGAAAAUGAGGCAAGCUGCCUAGCUGCA